AUGGCCGCGGAGCUUCGAGAAAAGGUAGCCCACAUCGUGAAGGGACUUGACAGAUACAAUCCAGAAAAUCUUCCCAUAUUAGAAAAAUAUGUUGUUCUUACUGCUUCAGAGAAUUUAUAUGAUCUGGAAGCCUAUUUAGCCGUUUUAAAAACGUAUCAGUUCAGGCCAAGUCUAUUUAAUGAAAAUAUAGCUGUUUUAGUGUUCUUAAAGGCAUUAACAAAUUUGCCUCAUUCCGAUUUUACACUUUGUAAAUGCAUUCUUGAUCUUGGAAAGUUGGCCCAACUGAUUGAAGAGCCUUUUGCAAAAAUAUUGGCACUGUCAGAACUCUUGGAAACCUGCCAAUUUGAUCUUUUUUGGAAUAGCUUGGAUGCAAUUUCUGAUAGACUUCUGAACAUCAAAGGAUUUGAGGAUUCAAUCCGAAAAUUUGUUUGCCAUGUUAUCGGUAUCACAUUUCAAGUCAUAAAAAAGAGUGAAUUGAAGAUACUUCUUGGUGGUCUAACAGAGUCGCAAGUCAAUCAGUGGAUAGCAACAAAUAAGUGGAAAGAUAAAGGGGAUGGUUAUGUUUUUAUUGCUAAUCAGGAAGUCAAUAUAAAAACUAAAAAUAUCUCGGAAAAAAUCACUUUUGAAGGUGUGGCUGCGGUCAUGCAGUUGGCAACAAAUCAAUGA